AACGGAUCUGGUAUUCGUUAUGUUUUUUCUGUUUCGGGUGGAGUCGAUAUCCCGUCUUUUCUCCGCUAGCUAGAUAGGAGUUGCAUUUCUUUCCCCCCCCCUCUCUCUUAAUUAGCUCAACUCUUCGCCACCGUCAAGACAAUUCAAAUACCUCCCAAAAGAUGACAACGACGACCAACUUUCAAGGCAUAGACCCUGGUACUAAAAGCAGUUCCAGGGUUCUACGACCGCCAGGUGGGGACUCCAACUUCUCUCUUGGUGCAGAUGACAACACAACCCCCCAGCGCAAGAACAAAAUGGCCUCUAGCAUCUUCGCAGAGCCUGACGACCCUCAUGCUCAUCGGAGGAACAAUCCACCAGCUGGUGCAGCCGCAGGAACUCUGUGUGGGGAGCCGUCAGCCCCACUGAGGAGGUGCCAGCAGCCUCUCCUUUUUCCCAAGAACCCUCAGCCCGAACUGACCACCAUCCACAACUCUGGGGCCGCCAUGAUCUGGAACCAGAGACGAGAGGAUGAGGAUGGCCAAGAACAAACAAACGAUGUUGUAGAAUUUCCUGACGGUGUAGAGGAGGAGGAGCAGAAGGAGACGUCACAAGCCCCCGCCCCAUCGGGAGGUGCCAAUGCUGCUGCAGGGGGCCGAAAAAACCCUCCUGGUGGCAAGUCCAGUCUCAUCCUGGGUUGAGACUACCCUCUUUUUAUUUUUGAUUUUGUUAUUUUUCCCAAACGCUUUUUUAUUUAAUUUUUUUAAGACAAACCC